AUGUCUCUUCGUCUACUGAGGCCAGUCCUUCGCUCUCGCGUCCCCGCCCGCAUUGCGUGUGCUCCAGCCGUCGCGCCCCGCUUCCGCUACUAUGCCACAGAACCCAGCAAGCAGGUCAAGGAGAGCGACAAUACGCGCGCAUCGGCGCGUGCCGCCAACGAUGCCGCCGUUGGACCAUUCACUUGGAAGGCUGCUGGCGUGUUCAUUGUCGUCGGCGUCGGAUUGUACUUUUACUUUACCAGCGAGAAGGCCAAGGUGCUCGAGCGCCGACAGAAGGAGCUCGAGACCAAGUCUGUCGGGCGGCCCAGCAUCGGCGGACCGUUCGUCCUGACCGACCAUCACGGCAAGGAGUUUACCGACAAGGACCUGCUGGGCAAGUGGACGCUCAUCUACUUUGGCUUUACUCACUGCCCGGACAUCUGUCCCGAGGAGCUGGAUAAGAUGGCCGAGGUUGUUGACGCUAUCGACAAGGAGAAGGGACCUAUUACCUUGCCUGUGUUCGUGAGCGUCGACCCGGCACGCGACUCGGUCAAGCAGGUCGAAAACUAUGUCGCCGAGUUCCACCCCCGCCUCGUCGGACUCACGGGCGACUACGACAGCAUCAAGAAAGCAUGCAAGAGCUACCGCGUGUACUUUUCCACGCCUCCCGAUGCCAAGGCUACCGACGACUACCUUGUGGACCACAGCAUCUUCUUUUACCUGAUGGACCCACUGGGCCAGUUUGUCGAUGCGUUUGGCAAGAACACGACGGCCGACGAUGUGACGGCCAAGGUCCGUGAGGCGAUGGGCAAGUGGGAGGCGGCGGGCGGCAACAAGGCUGCUGGCGUGUAA